ACACCCCGCCGAUCGCGCCCGCAUCCUCCUUGCAGUCGCCCCGCAACGCGGGGAGAGGCGCGGGACGCCCUGCGGAGGGGUACGGAGGUUCCGAGGCGCAGCGGGCAGACAAAGGAGAGGGCGCCGCCGUGGGCAGCGGUGAAAGAACAUAAGGUCCUGGGACUUUUUGCUCUGAAGUUGAUAUGAUUGAAACUAAUUGGGGAUAUCUUCAGUAAAUAACUUGCUGCUCACAGAAACGACUGAAAUAACUGAAGUUGUGAAAUACAGGGCAACAGGGACCUUGGAGGCUGGGACAUUCAACUGAACUACAUAACGAAAUUUAGCAGUUACUGGAGAUUAGAACACAGGGAAUUGUGGGUGGAGAGUGAACCAUCAGGACAGCGGUCAGUGGUAAAACAAUUGUUUGAGCUUCCUGUUACCGGUUCACAUAACGCUAGGGACCAAAGAAGCAUAAGUAACAUUUCCAUGGUGCUGGGACCAGUCUGUUGAGAGAAGAUUUCUGAAGUAACUUUUUAACUACAUCGUGUUUGUCCUGAGAGUAUCUUGAGAGAAGAGUUCAAGAAAGGAAAAAUUCCCACAUCAGAACCAUCACAAAUAAAUCUAUUUAAAGAACUUGCGACCUGGGGAUACUUUUAUAGAGAUCAAGUCCUGGUUCUCAACUGUGAUCACACUUCAGACUGUAAACAAUGAGUGAAUUCUGGUUGUGUUUCAACUGCUGCAUUGCAGAACAGCCUCAGCCUAAAAGACGACGACGCAUAGAUCGAAGCAUGAUUGGGGAGCCAACAAACUUUGUUCACACAGCUCACGUUGGAUCGGGAGACCUAUUCAGUGGAAUGAAUUCGGUGAGCUCAAUUCAGAACCAAAUGCAAUCCAAGGGAGGCUAUGGAGGCGGCUUGUCUGCAAAUGUUCAGAUGCAACUUGUAGAUACAAAAGCAGGAUAACCUUGGGGAUAUCUUUCUAGUUAAUGUGAGUUUCUACAUCUUCUUUCCUGUGUCCUCUCUUUUGCCUUGGUGACUGCUUUCUGUGUUCAUGAAAAGAGAGAAGUAAUGGCUUAUUGUUCACCCUUUGUGAUCACUCCAGUGAAAAGUUGCUGCUCUGCUCUGAUGAUGCCAUUUUUCAGAUUGGUCCAACUGUGCCUUUCAAUGGCAUGCACACAUUGGCCUCUACCAGUACCAUGGACUUGGAGCUUUUUAGGGUUGUUUUUAGGUUAUUGUUUGUUUUAAGGCAAAUCAAAGCACCAGCCUUAGCUUCCCUCACCCCUCACAAAUACUAAUGCACAGCAUUGUGUUGCUUUUUAUUAAGUCUUUUUCUCCACUCAUGUAAUUUAGAAAUGAUUGAGUUUCCAGUAAUGUUUUUAAUCACUCGUUGUUCAUAUCAGUUUUUGAAAGGUCUGGGACCUGCAAGCACAAAUGAUUAUUUGUUACAAAAUCAGCAGAGUAGAUGACUGCAUGCUUUGUGAGGUUGCUUUGUACGGUGGCCUGUUUGGUGCCAGAAAAAAAACUGUGUAUUGCAGACUGAUGAUACUGUUGCUGGUGAAGAAUUAUGCUGUGACACAAGUCAUGCCUGUUUCUGAAAAAGGACUUGUAACUUAGCUGCUUCAGAGUUAUGUCUUUAUUUUAGUUUUUAUCCAACGGGUCUUGAAAUAAUAAAGAGAAAGCUUGCAUUCAUAA